AACCUUUUUCCUUCAAGCUGGGCCCCGCGCGUUCGCCAAUCUCGCGUUUUUUAUACCCCCCAGGCUCAACUGUACAUUCGCGCCCUUUCCUCAUCUUUCGCGUAAAGUAGUAAUUGGUUGCCAGCAGCCGUCUUGGGGGGCCGUACUUGCUAUCCACGCUAUCUUUUCAUUGAGUGCGAUUCGUUGGUCUCAGCGUUUGAUAUCUGCGCAACACUGCAUCUUCCACCCAGCAGCGCAUAAAGGCAAUCUACACACCUGCCCGCUCCAAAGCUGCUUUCCGCUUGGUGCUCUUGUAAAGCUGAGUUGAAUACUCUUCUUGAGACCUUCCCUUUUCAAGAUGAUGCAGAAUCAGCGCACCACCCGCAGCAGGGUUGCGGCCACGAAAGCGCUGGCGCACGAUGAGAACGCUGUGCCAAAACCGAGAGCUGCCGUUAAAGGCAAAAGCAGCGGCACAACCAAAGAAGCUGCGAAGCCAACGAUUACCAAGAAGACUCUUACCACGGCUGUUCCCAAACGAGCAGCCCUCGGGGAAGUGGCCUCGAAUCAAGCUGCCGUGAAGAAUGAUACGAAGAAUACCCAAGUCCAACCGGCCAAGCGUGCUGUGCGCGCUCCUACGCAAAAGAAGGCUUUGUCGGUGGUUCCCGAAGUGGAAGAAAAGGUCAAGGAAACCACGGUGGUCAAACGCGAGGUCGAGACUCGCAGGGCCGUCAAGCUUGCUAAACAGGAACCUCCAGUGAAAGACUUAGUCAAGAAAGAGAACAAUGCUGAGCCCGUGCCACAUGUGAAUCCCAAGCAUGUUAUGGUUGACGCUAGUGAGGCUCUUCCUGUCGCUAAAAAGGCUAAAACCGCUGCUCCUGCUCCUGCUCCAGCGUGGGAGGAAUUCGAUGCGGAUGAUGCGAAUGAUCCUAUGAUGGUUUCUGAGUACGUCAAUGAAAUCUUUGAGUACAUGAGACAAUUGGAGAUUGACACGUUACCGGGAUCAGAUUACAUGGACGAACAAAAAGAGCUGCAGUGGAACAUGCGUAGCAUUCUUGUGGACUGGCUCAUUGAGGUUCACUACAAAUUCCGUCUCCUUCCGGAAACCCUGUAUCUGGCAGUCAACAUUGUGGACAGGUUUCUCACCCUCCGCGUUGUUUCCCUCGUGAAACUCCAGCUUGUGGGUGUCACGGCGCUGUUUAUAGCUGCGAAAUAUGAAGAGGUUGUCGCACCUUCAAUCCAAAAUUUCAUAUACAUGGCUGACGGCGGCUAUACCGACGAAGAGAUUCUCAAAGCUGAACGCUACGUCCUUCAAGUUCUAGACUUUGCCUUGCAGUACCCUAGCCCCAUGAGUUUCUUGCGUCGAUGCUCGAAGGCUGACCAGUACGACAUCCAUACUCGCACCGUUGCCAAGUAUCUUAUGGAAAUCUCCCUUGUCGAUCACCGCUUCCUCGUCCAUGUCCCCUCCAAGGUAGCUGCCGCAAGCAUGUCCUUGGCCCGCCGCAUGUUGGGUAGAGUCGCAUGGGAUGCGCAAUUGGAGUACUAUGCGGGUUACCCAGAAGAAGAGAUUGAACCGGCUGUGAACCUAAUGAUAUCCUUCUUGGAGAAUGAGUCCAUGGUGGAAAAAUGCUCUUCGUUGUUCAAGAAAUACAGCGCACGCAAAUUCAUGAAGGCAUCAAUCUUUGUACAAGAUUGGAUCAGCAGACGCAAGCAACCUACCAAGGUUCAAAGCACCGUGAAAGCCGAACGGGAGGAGGAUGUAAAAGAGAACAGUGACUACUGAGUGGACUAGGGGAUUGGCUGGUUUGUCCAUGGGACGCUUGGGACGGGACAGUAUUUUAUUAUGCGGAUGAGAUUUUGUAACGGAUAUAUUGGUAGUCAGUUGUUUUCCUUGGAAGGAAUUCCUUGUGUAUAUAAUAAAGAGGACACAGGAAAUGUCACACA